CAUCCAUACAUCAUUGGGAUGCUAAUAAUGUGCUUCUUAUGGAAUAUCCAUGUGUUGAAUUGAUAAAUGGCUGUAUUUUACAUAUCAUAUGCAUCUGAUUAGGUUUAAUGAAACACAUACAAUUGCUCAUGUAUGAGCAUAUGUCAUAAUACUAGCCAUCCUUACAAGUAUGGAAUUGUGUGUUGUUCUAUGGCAAUGAACAAUGAUUACUUCACUAGCUUGGUUCUUAGUGAUUGUUGAACAUGUUGGUUUGUGGUUUGGAUUAAUGUUGCAAGCUGUCCUAGGUCUUUGUGAUCUUAUGUUCCUUAGGCUUGUCCCAGUCUUAAUUUUUCCCUCAAGAGCAUGCGCUGUUGGGUCCCAGAUUGGGUUUCCCUAGGGACUGUCUUUUUGAGAUUUUGGAGAUAUUCCAAGUAAUAUGUUCUGUACUUGCAAUAUGUUUGGUACUGCAUGUUUCCUUGGAAGUAUGAUUAUGCUAAAAUAUCAAUUGUAACUUAAUUAUAUAUUCUCUAGGGUUAUUUUCUUAUUAGUUUCUCAAGAUCUUGAAUAUUAGGAUUUUUUCUUUUUGGGGUUCUAUUAUAUGCUUAUGGAUUCUUUUACAAAUCAUUGAAUAAUUAAGUCCAACCGAGGUAUGCAGUUGCCAGUCUUUGUUAUGAUACUUUAUUUUGUCCACAUAUAUGUUUUCUGGAUCCGCACUUUGGGACUUCUGGAGAACUAUUUUAGCCUAUUGUCCUACAUAGGGACUUAACAGUGUAGGGUUUGGUAUUUGGGACAUGGAAGAUGAAAAUUUUGGAAAAGCAUACUAUUCUAUGAUGCAUGGAUACUUCAAUGUGGGUGCCAUAUCCAUGUUGGACAGUUCAAAAUCAUAUGUAAGAAUGAGUUUAAUUGGCAUUUCUACCCAUGUCUUCUAGCCAUUGCAGUAUCUACCACAACCAGUCAUUGUCAUCCAUUCAAAUGAUGGACGGUGGUGAGAGGGAGUGGGAUCCACCAUUGGGUUCAUAUCUUGUCCAUUAUUUCAUUUGGCUGUGAUGACAAGAAUGGAUUAUAACAUGAUAGAAUUCUCAAAAAUAUUCUUGGCAUCGGCCCAUUUCUGAGCUAGGCCAACUUGAAUGGGUGCCAUGGCAGGAACUGGUCUACCAACUCUUGGACGCAUAAGGCUCAGCGAUCUCAUAGCAUCCGAUGGGCUCCCUUCUGACUCAUACAAAAUAUCAGUCUCAACCCUUUCACAAUCCUUAGCCCAGUACUCAGCUGCUAUAAUCCAACUACCCCCAGGCGAGGAAGCCCUCUUGAGAUCUGCCCUAGAAUCUGCACGCCUCUACUUCCACCAACGAACGUACACAUCCCCUGAUAUACGCCGCUCCAAUGACCCCCGGGGCUGGUGCAAGACUUCAGGCUAUUACACAGAUCCUCAACUGUGGCUCGAAACCUAUGAUUAUAGACCCGGGCUCACACCCACUGAGCCCACGAGCCCUAUGGAGUUCCCACCAGCUGGUCUACCUGACAUUUUCUCGAUCAUGGGCAAGGCUGCUCGUGAUCUCUUGGAUGCAGUGACCUUCUCCUUGGACUUGCGCAGUUUCUCUUUCUCCGACAUAUUGGAUAAUGUUCCAUUGAGAGGUGGCGAAAUAUCUGCUUCUGUUCUUUCGGUUUGUUGCCAUGCACGGCCCUCCUUUCAGGGCGCGCACCAUACACUAGUGGGGCAAGAGGAUAGCAAGUUUGUUAUGUUCUCUGACCAUGAGCCUCAGAUAGACAAGAGCCUGAUUACUAUAGUGAAGUCAGAGAGAGCAGGGCUUAGGAUAAGAGAUGCUCAUGGGCAAUGGCUAUUAGUUGAUGGCGAUUUGGGGCCUGAGGAUGCGGUUGUGUACCCUGGACUUGCGCUUUAUCAAGCAACAGCUGGCUAUAUCAGCCCGGCUUUGCUCAGAACAGAGUUGGGGGAUAUGCAAGGGGGAUUAUAUGGUCGGUGCUCUUUGGUUUUUAAGCUUAUGCCUCAAUCAGUGGCUAUCCUUCAUUGCUCAGCUAUGACUAGGGCUGGGCAUGGUGUUGGGGCUCAGUUUCAGUUACCAAUAACAGUGGAAGAGUUUAUGCAGAGGGCUCAACCACCAGAACAGCUUGUGGGGAGGCAUGGGUAUGCUAGCUAUAGCUUUCCGGCACCCCGAGAGGGUAUGGCUGAUCGUGUCACAGGUUCAUUGAAGGUGGUGCUGAAGAGAAGGAAGGGCGUGGCCCGGUCCAAGCCUCUGGCCCCUUCCAAGAGGCUCCGGCUUGAGGCUCAGAGGGUCCUCAAGGACCGCGUUCAAGAGAUUGCAGACAAGAAGGGCAUCAAGCUCAGAUUUUGCAGCCUCAAGGAGUGUGAGGAUCAUGUUCGGGCCUUGGAAAGCCCUUGCGGGAGCGUGCGCAUGGAGAUUGGGUGGCCCCCAGGAGUGCCCUUUGUCCACCCUCAUGACCUCCCCAACAAGUCGAAGCUUGCUUUCCUGGAGGCCUAUGAGCCUGGAUGGACAGCUGCCCAAGAGGGGAUGGAGUAGGGCAACAUUGGACUCAAUUGGCCUAUUUGACUGCCUGGAUCAAUCCGUUGGAUCAAUGUUUGUCCAAUCUCGGUCAGCCUGUGACUUGACGAACUCAGCCAGCAGCUUGAUCUCGUCAUCAUGGAGCCUAUCACCAAAUGUGCAUUGACCCCUUGGAGCACACUUCUCUCCAAACCCCUGCACAUUCAGAGAAGGAAAGAAAUAAAAAAAGAACCAAGAAAACCCACUAAUCAUGAAAUUUAAACGUUCUAGCAGUCAUGCUGACAAAUGCGAUCAUGUGAAAUUGGAGGUGGGGGAGUGGAACUUGCUGGCAUUCUUCCUUUCCCAUAAUAUGUCAGGUUGUAUAUGUCGUCCUCAGUUGCAACGCCAUUCCUACACAACACGGGCAUUGAAUCAUCACGGCAUAUUUUCUACAGUUAGUUACUUUUUAAGAAAAUUGAUUUGAUUUUCCCACUGCUCUCUCUCUCUCUCUCUUGCAGGAAGUGAGGUAUAUUAUUCUACCUUUGAAGAUCCUUUGUGAAGAGUGUUGCACCCUGAAAAAGCCACAUAAGGGAUGAACAGCAAUAAAGAAGCAUGGAUAAUUCAAGAAAUAAAAUAAAAUUGCAUUGGGGUGUGUAUGACGAUACGGGCUGCAAAAAGUUUCCACCUCCAUCGUGGCAUCCAAUGCAAGCUUUCUGAAACAAAGCCGCCCCCUUGUGAACCUCGCCAACCUGUACCCAUGACACUAGACAUGGGGGAGGAGAGAGGAAAUAGAGCCUUAAAUUUUGGCAUGCUCUUGUGUGAAGCAAAAUACACUGAAAGAGAUUACUAGUGCUUAUGAACUCAUGGGUUCUCUGAUAUUCUUGUAUUUUUAACUAAAUCAUACAUAAUGGGGUUGAAUUAGGUUAAUAUGUUUCUCAAGGUUAUUUUGAUUAUCUGAAUAUUUCUCAAAUAUUUGUUCUUUCCUGAUAAUUAAACUUGAAUUCACAUGAUUUCCGGGUAAAGGUUUUCUUAUAGGUUCCAUUAUUGAGGAUUGGAUGUUUCUUCAUUCUUUUUCUCUUUGAUUAGUAAGUUUUAAGAAUCGAGUUA